AAAAUCUCAAUGUAACCGAAAAAGACCACCGAAUCCACAACUUUGUCCACUAUCUCUUCGGUGUGUACUAAAAUAUUCCUUGUCUUGUCUGCACUCUUCAUUACCGGUCAUGGCCGCCGUCGAAUCCCGACCACCUGAACCCGACAACGACAACGACAACGAGGUUCACGUAUCUCUUAUAGAUGCUAUUCAAAACUUUACUGAUCUCGACAUUUCCUUAAAUAAACUCGAAACCUUUCUCCGAGUUUUAGGUUUCUGUCAGUACUCUAUCUUAAGCACUGCUCUUUCCUGGAUAGCUUUUGUUGUUAUAUCCAUUUUGUUGCCUCUAGUGGUAAUUUACUUUGGUUACUGUAAUAACUGUGAGCUGUAUCAGAUUAAUGACUUUGAGUUCGAGGUUCUUGUAUGCCAAUCUGUUGCCGCUGCUAUAUCGCUGUUGUGCGUUUCGCAUAAUCUUCGUAAAUAUCGUAUCAGGAAAUUGCUUUUUGUUGAUCAAUAUCAUGGUCAAUUGACCCAGUUUAGAGAGCUGUACCUCAAGAAGAUACAGGUCUUUUAUCGUUUGGUGGUUUCGUGGAUGACAAUGUUCUUUUUGAUGAAGAUAACUCGUGAAGUCACUAGAGCUGUGUAUCUUUAUGAUCGUUCUAUAUGGUGGUCAAUUGGAGUUGUAGUUGCUUCACUUGUAUCAUGGUCAUAUUCUACCAUUAUCUUUUUAGUGGGAACUGCUCUGUUUCAUCUGGUCGGGAAUUUGCAAGUUAUACACUUUGAACAUUUUGGCGAGCUUUUGGAAAUGGAUAUGGAUGGCUCAGUUUACAUCAAUGAACAUAUGCGUCUGACCUAUUAUUUGUGUAAAAUUAGCCACAGGUUUAGAAUGUUCCUCCUCCUGGAGUACUUGAUAGUCACAGCCAGUCAAUGUAUAGUUCUAUUACAGACAACGACAAAUCAAGGAGUCAUUAACUUUGUUAAUGCUGGUGAUUUUGCUGUAAUAUCAAUUGUUCAACUGGUGGGACUACUUAUAUGUCUGAAUGCAGCUUCAAAGAUAUCACACAGAGCACAAGGCCUGGGAUCAGUAGCCAGUAGAUGGCAUGCAUUAGUUACGUGUAAUAGCAACGAUACUUCUGUCUCCGGAUUUUCAUCUGAUGGUAGAAAUGUUGAAACGCCAAAAAUAAUGGGCCAGUUAUCUGUAAAUUAUUCAGAAGGUCAUUUGGAGUGCGCUGAUUGUACGCCUCCACCUACAAAUAUACAACACACUUCUAGUAUGUCGUCAUAUCACAAGAGACAAUCAUUUGUGUCUUAUGUGCAGUCUAACCCUGGUGGUUUUAGCAUUUUUGGAAUGAUGGUUGAUCGAUUGCUCAUUACCACACUUUUCUUCGUUGAGAUGACAUUGGUUACUUUUAUACUCGGGAUGACGCUAACUAUAAAAAAAUAGGUGACAUAUACCAGACUGUAAUAACAACAGCUAAAUGGCACAUACAAUUAACUCCAAUUAGUUCUUCAAGUGCAUUGCAGCUCUCCUUGAGUUUGUCAUCAGGGGAAAAUUUUAUUACCAGAUUCCCAUAUAUUUUGGAUAUCACUUUCAAUCAAGGUCCAUAACAAGGAGAUCUCUGUAAGAACACUACAGCUGAGUUAUUCUUUCUUUUUCAAUUUUUUUUUCCUCAUCAAACAUCAUCUGUAUUCUUGACAAGAGCAAUGUUUGUAUAACCUCUGUAAUACAAAUACCAGCUUAUAGAAAUUGCCUUGUGUGAAACGCUCCGGCUUUGCUUUUUUU